AUUUGGCGAGAAACCUUAGCGAAUGCAGACAAUUAGCAAUGAGAGACUCGCAAUGUACAGGGGAAGCGCAGGAGAGAACAUUAAAGUGGUGUACCAGGUACAAACCCCAUACCUCCCCUCAACUUCAGUGGCAUCACACAAGAUACCAGGAGUUCAAUCUGAUUCAAGAUGGCAUGAAAAAGACUCAGUGCUGUCCAUCGGAGGGGAUGUUGAACAACCAACUAGUGCGUAUCCUCCUUGGGGGGAAGUCUGGAGAAACAGGACACAACUUUAACAGUGGAAAACUGGAUAGCAAACGUUUUGCAGGAGAAAUGAACUCUUUAGCAGUUAUUGGAUUCCUUUUAAUGUCGCUGGUCCCUCUUAAGGCUGUGGAGCUUAGGAAUAACUGCGAAGGUGAGGAUUGUGAAGAUUGGGAAAUUGCAAAACCUUCCAGCCAGAAACCUUUGGAAAUAAGUCGUGAUUCUUUAACUAAAUUUCAUCUGAUCAACAGCCAAUCUCACGAACCUAGAACAUUGGAUCUUUCAAAGAAGAUUCCCUUCUUAGGACUGACGGAAAGUCGAACAUUGGACAAGAACUGCUGCAUGAACAGUGGGAUUUGCAUCCUGGGCAGUUUCUGUGCAUGUCCUCCGCACUUCACUGGCAGAUAUUGUGAAUUGGAUGAACGGCUAAAGACGUGUGGCACAAUUCUCCAUGGCGCAUGGGUUAUCAGGAGCUGUUCCUGGUGUAAAUGCAGAUAUGGGCGUCUGCACUGCAUUGACGCAUUUAAGGAGAUGGAAAACUGUGGUCCAGACCAGAAUGACCGCAAUGAUAACAGUGGCCUUUAUAAAUCAUUAUCUGAUGAUGGUUGCUGGCGAAAACAAACAAGAUACCUGCUUCUGUCGGUGAUGCUUCUUUGGCACAGUGUUUGCACUAUGGUUUUGUAAUGGUUUUCAUUUCACCCUAACAUUUUCUCACUGCUUCUCCUGAAAGUGCUGAUGUUUGCUGAAUUACAGUUCUAUGGGCACUGGCUGCCCUCUGCUGCUUUUCCCAAAUGACCAAUAUUUAUACGUGAACCCCGACAACGAGAAUCUGCAGACUAUUCACUGAUAGAUGAAUCCUCCUCCGAUCCUCUGCUCACACAUCAACGUUUUAGCAGGGGUCAUUGGAUAGCGAUCAGAAGUCCUGAAAUUUUACUUGGUCUUAGCCUUCAACACCUUCUUAUUAAUUUAAAAAUUGUGCAGGGCUUCCUUGAUCUCUUAAAUCUUAAAUUUAUCUUUAAUUUGGAAGCUGGUUCAGCAGUUCUUAUAAAGAACUGACUUUCAAAUUAAGGCAGGAUUGAAGAGUUUUUAAAGAAUUCUGUGCAAUCUUAAAGUUUAAGACAAAAUUGACCUGGCUGGAAAGCAUGCAAUGGUAAUAGUUAGGGCUGUAGAUCUGUCACUGCAUUUUUUAAAAUCUAAAAUCAUGGAGCAGUCAUGGUAAAUUUAGUAAAAGUCACAGGUUUAGGAGGAAAUAAUAAUAAUAAUAAUAAUAAUCC